AUGGAACACUCGUACAGCUACUAUUCUGGUUAUAAUGGGACAGACCAGGCUUCUGGAGCUUAUAUCUUCCGUCCUAAUGCCACAUUUCCAAUAAAAUCUCAAGGGCAGCUUUUACUAGGUUUAGCAAGGUGGCAGCCUGAUGGAGACAAAGGAGAAGCAACAAGAGUAAUUGGAACAUUCGGAUAUUUAGCUCCAGAGUAUGCGGAAAGUGGGGAGGUGACUGAAAAGGCUGAUGUAUAUUCCUUCGGUGUAGUACACUUGGAGCUUGUUUCUGGUCGAAAAGUAGUGGAUAUUAACCGGCCUAAGGGCCAACAAUGCCUCACAGAAUGGGUCACCCGUGUAUACAAGGAGAAGGAACAUGCUGAAGUUGAGUUUAUCAUUGGACCUAUCCCUAUAGAUGAUGGUGUUGGGAAAGAAAUAACAACUCAGAUCACAAGUGCCUUGAAGACAAACAAAACAUUCUAUACAGAUUCUAACAGGAAAGACUUCAUUAAAAGGGUUCGUGAUUUCAGAACAGAUUGGGAGCUGCAAGUGAAUGAACCAGUUGCUGGAAAUUAUUACCCAGUAGACUCGUUUGCUUACCUACCUCCUAACUCAAAGCAUCACUUUAGGAGUUAUGAAUCUUCUGCACUUGUUGUAUUUGAAAGAAGGUAUGCUUACCUAGAAGAUCAUAUUCCCAAGCCAAUUGUUGGCUCCAACAAUCAGCAGCCACUUCUUGAUACCCCUGGAGAGGAAGCCCAUUAUAAUCAGCAUGGAAUAAAGAAAAUAAGGAGUCUUGCUACAAAAUUUCUAUACUCAGAUGGUGGUGAGGAUCUUGAUCAACAAGUGUAUAAUGGUAGUUUGACUUCCAAAUUGAGGAGUUCAUGGAUUAAGAGGAAAUUGAAGAACACAGAGGUGGAUGUUCGAAUCAUGUAUGAUGAAGUUACUAUCAAAUUAGUCCAACAGAAGAGGAGUUCAUGGCUUAAGAGGAAAUUGAAGAACACAGAUUGA